UGUCUGUGGAAAAAUCAUUAUACUGAUAAUGGAGUGAUAAUUGGUUGUAGCCUGAUUCAUUUAAAAAGUCCACAUAUUGUAAGUGAUCCUUUUUCAUUUCAAAUGCAUGCGCUGCGUGCAUUUGAAAUGUGUGAACGUUUUAUGCAACCCAAUUGCGAAGUAUUACUACUACUGUGCAACAGUACAAAUGUGUUGGUGGCAGUUUCUCCUUCGUGUAAGAAAGGGUGUUUUUUAAUGGCAUGUCAGGCCAGAGUCGUAAACAAUCAGAUUAAUAUAUCAGUUCAAGGCCUUUUAACUUCAAAUAGACAAGGUCAGGUUUUGAGACCAAUGGACAUUUUAUAUUUUCUCGCUUCCCAUUAAGGUUCUUUCUGUGUUUGUUACCAUGUUUUAGAUCAAGCAUAAGGGAUAGAAAUCUUCACAUGCAUUUAAGCAAUCCAACAACCCGCAACUCAUGCCUGCUCAGCAGCAUGGAGGAGCUGGAGCCCAUCCCCUCUGAUAUGGAUGGGUAAUGCCUCCGAAACAUAUCUGUUUGUUUCCAGAAUAUCAAAAGACAAUGACUUCCUCAUGGGGACGCUGUAUGCGAUUUUUGGAGAAUCGAGAUCAAACGGUGUGCAACUCUGCCUGGCAGGUGUGCUCUCGGUGCUGGGGAACGGGAUCCUGCUGUUUGUGGCCUAUAGAAAAAAGUCCUCCUUGAAGCCAGCAGAGUACUUUGUAGUCAACUUGGCCAUUAGUGAUCUGAUGAUGACCAUGUCCCUCUUCCCCAUUGCUGUGCCAUCAUCCUACGCUCAUAAGUGGCUGUACAAUAAGACAACCUGCACCGUUUACGCCUUCUGCGGUGUUUUGUUUGGCCUGUGCAGUCUGACCAACCUGACAGUGCUCUCCUCUGUCUGCUGGCUUAAAGUCUGCUGCCCAAACUAUGGCAACAAGUUCUCCUACUGCCACGCUUGCUUGCUGGUCGCUGGGGUCUGGUGCUAUGCUAGUGUAUUUGCUGUGGGGCCCUUGUCAGGCUGGGGAAAGUACGGGCCCGAGCCAUACGGUACAGCAUGCUGCAUUGACUGGCACGCACCCAGCCAGAACUCUUCAGCUAUGAGCUACAUCAUCUGCCUCUUCUUCUUCUGCUACAUUGUACCCUGCAUGGUCAUCUUCCUGUCCUACAUGUUCAUCUUGUUGACUGUCCGUGGCUCCCGCCAAGCAGUGCAGCAGCACAUGUCUCCUCAAAACAAGAUUACAAACGCCCAUUCACUUAUUAUCAAGCUGUCAGUGGCAGUUUGCAUCGGUUUCCUGACAGCAUGGAGUCCAUAUGCGAUUGUAUCCAUGUGGGCAGCAUUUGGUAACCCCUCCACUGUACCACCCAUGGCUUUCGCAGUGGCUGCUAUCUUCGCCAAAUCCUCUACACUUUACAACCCUAUUGUCUAUUUAGUUUUCAAGCCCAACUUCCGCAAGUCCCUCUGUCGGGAUGUAGCUCAGUGCAGAAGGUCACUCUUUGGGUGUUUGUGUGAGCCCAACUCCACCCAGAAGGGAUUGUGCAGGCAGACUCAUCACAAAGAAGAGUGCAACUCUACACGGUUGUCCAACGGGCUGCUGGAGAACCAUGGCCCAUGCAGACACUGUCCUUGUCCUGACAUCACGACUACAAGAGAAAAUUGUAUCGACUACAGCCUUCAACAGACUGCAACAAUCCUCCGAGGGUCGCAACAUAGUGAAGUAGCUGUCAGUCAACUCUCCAAUGAGCAGCAGAGUGACUUCCUCUAAGUUAGACUCACAAAUAGCUAGCAACCUCAAAGACAAGCAAGCAAGUGGGAAGAAGAAAAAAAAAAAGAAUGGCUGGGAGACAUUUCUUGCAAGUGCUCACAGAUGAAUUAAUUCAGUGAGAAGAACAAGUCAAAACUUUCAAAGGCCAAAGUUUAAAGAACUCAUCUCUCACCUCAAAUAUGUGCUACUGCCAAUUCCAGACGUGCAACAACCAACAUGCAAGCCGAUAAAAGUUGAAUCAGGUCACGUGAACAUGCAACGAUCGAAAGAUCAACUUCAUUAGAGAGAAGAGCUCUCUAUGAACUACCUUUUAUGUAUUUAUUAUGAAUAAUGUAUUUGAUGCUGUGUUUGGUUUAUAUAUUUAUGAAUGCAUGCCUCAAAUUAGAAGACAACAAGGUUGUCGUUAUGUACUGUAAAUAGUGGAUUCCUUUUUCUUUGAGCUGCAUUGACUUUAAUGUGUCAGCCCAAGUCAUUUAAGGAAGGAACUAUAGGCGCUAUUUAUUGCAUUGUCAAUCAGGUGUAUCCAGGAAAACAUUGUCGCACAAGAAAUGUUCUAUUAUCCAUGUACUAAUUAGGGAGAUCUCAGGUCAAAAACUACUCACGAUAAAACUAUCUACUCAAUAAUAUACUUUUCUUAAAGAUUAUCUCUUUAAAAAUAGCUACAGUACAAAUCUUGAAUUGCACUAUAACUAAAAGUAGUGAAAUAGUAACAUUAAUAAAGAAAUACUUUUUUUUUUAUAGGAAGAAUAUCAAAUAUGAAUAUGAAGGAAAAUUAAUGCUUAGUAAUUGUGAAUCUUGGACUGCUUUCACACCUGUCGUCCAUUUGUGUUUUUUUUUCGAUUCAGGGAGUACUGUAAAUUGAUACAGUUGUGUCCUUUUCUGUUUGGAAUGUUUGUGGGUGCGUGAUGAUUACAUGUACAGUAUCGGACUGAUGUGCGCUGUAAGCCAAUAGAUACAUGCGUCGUCAUUCCUGAAAUUUUGAGUUGUGUUAAUUCCUUGGCUUAUAUUGUUAACUAAUAUAGUAAUCAGAAUACGAAAGAGUGUUUCGGUUGAUCUUAAGUGAACAUCUUUUGUCUUCGUUCAACAACUUGUGGACAUAAUGAUCUCGAACACAGGUAGCAGGAGAAACAGUGAUGGAUGCUGUUUUGGCGUGUGUGACUUUUUUUUCCAACUUCUUUUUUGUGGUUAGUCUACAAUCUGUCAAAAUCAGGAAAACAUUUUAUUCUAUCGCCAAUCCAAAUGGCACUAGGAAAAUAUUGUUCUCAUAUUCAUGAUAAAAAUGACAUGCCUAUCUGAUGUACAAUCUGCAUACCACAACAUGCUAUUCAGAGGGCAAUAUAGGUGCAUCGUGAGGUAAACUUUGUUAGGGUAUGGCUAUUUUUAAAACCAUUUUGUUUAGACAUUCAACUGCAGCUUUAAGUGAAUCUAUGGAGGACCAAGAGUCCAAAAAUUCAAUAAAUAAAUACACAAUUUAAUAAAUAA